AUGGAUCGCCAAGGCCCCUUCUCGGUCCACGCCUUCUCGUCAAAUUACGAGCAGGGCGAGGACUCCAAUGUACAGAUUCAGGAGCAGCUAUUACAGUUCAUUCUCGACUUCAGACUUGAGAACAAGUUCAUCUACAGAGAUCAGUUGAGAGAAAAUGCUCUUUUGGAGGCAUACUACUGCGAUGUAAACAUUGGCGAUCUGAUCAAGUUCAAUGAGGAACUUGCGCAUCGUAUUGUCACAGAACCCACAGAGAUCAUUCCACUGUUCGAAAAGGCCUUGCGAAAAGCAACCCAGCGUAUCGUCUUCCCUCACAAGCAGCGUAUCGACCUACCAGAACACCAGCUUCUCCUCCACUCCAACGAAGAAGAUGUCUCCAUUCGCAAGCUAGACUCCAUGACCAUCUCGCGUCUGGUUCGAGUGCCUGGAAUCGUCAUUGGCGCAUCUGUCAUGUCGUCGAAAGCCAACUCCCUCACCAUCCAGUGCCGAAACUGCGGCCACACCUCUGACAUCCCCGUGUCUGGAGGCUUCACCGGAGUCACUCUUCCCCGGAGGUGUGAACGGAACAAGGGACCGGCUGACAGCUCAGAAAAGUGUCCUCUCGACCCGUACUUUGUACUGCAUGAAAAGUCACAAUUCGUCGAUCAGCAGGUCAUCAAACUUCAAGAGGCGCCGGAUGACGUCCCAGUUGGAGAGCUCCCCCGUCAUGUUCUGAUUUCUGCAGAUAGGUAUCUGACAAACCGCGUCGUACCUGGGUCAAGGUGUACCAUUAUGGGAAUCUUUUCAAUCUAUCAGAACAAGGCAUCCAAGAGCUCGACAAGCGGGGCCGUCGCCAUCAGGACGCCUUACUUGCGUGCUGUAGGCAUACAAACAGACAUUGAUACGGCUUCAAGGGGUAACGCAACCUUUUCGCCAGAGGAAGAGCAGGAGUUCUUGGAGAUGAGCAGACGUGAGGACAUUUACAAGGUGCUCGCAGGCUGUAUUGCACCGUCAAUCUAUGGCAACGCAGACAUCAAGAAGGCGAUCCUGUGUCUCUUGUUCGGCGGUUCCAAGAAGAUUCUUCCCGACGGCAUGAAGCUACGUGGUGAUAUCAACGUUCUUCUGUUGGGUGACCCCGGUACCGCCAAGUCGCAACUGCUCAAGUUUGUUGAAAAAGUCGCUCCCAUAGCCAUCUACACCUCUGGAAAGGGUUCUUCAGCUGCGGGUUUAACGGCAUCAGUACAGCGGGACCAGUCGACCAAAGAGUUUUACCUCGAGGGCGGCGCGAUGGUGCUGGCUGACAACGGAGUGGUUUGCAUUGACGAGUUCGACAAGAUGCGUGACGAGGAUCGUGUUGCUAUUCACGAAGCUAUGGAACAACAGACGAUUUCGAUUGCCAAGGCGGGCAUAACCACCAUCUUGAACGCCAGGACAUCGGUCCUAGCCGCAGCGAACCCUAUAUUUGGACGUUACGAUGAGCUCAAGUCUCCUGGCGAGAACAUUGACUUUCAGACAACAAUCCUGUCUCGUUUCGACAUGAUAUUCAUCGUUCGAGACGAGCAUGAGCCUGGAAAGGACCAGCGGAUCGCGAAGCACGUCAUGAAUCUUCACCAAGGCAGGACGAACGUUCAGGAGCAGAUAGAGUCCGAGAUUCCGUUUGACAAACUAAGGCGGUACAUUAGCUAUUGCAAAUCACGCUGUGCCCCUCGUCUCAGCGCCGAGGCAGCCGAAAGACUGUCGUCACACUUUGUCACCAUUCGGCGACAGGUGCACGCGGCCGAGAUGGAGGCGAACACGCGGUCGUCAAUCCCCAUCACCGUGCGUCAGCUCGAGGCCAUCGUGCGUAUUACAGAGUCAUUAGCCAAGAUGCAGCUGGCUCCAAUCGCGACAGAGGACCACGUCAAGGAGGCCAUCCGGCUGUUCCUGGCCUCGACGCUGGAUGCGGUCAACCAGGGCGCCGACCAGGGUUCACGCGAGAUCAACGACGAGGCUUCCAAGGUCGAGGCAGAACUGCGGCGACGCCUGCCCAUCGGGUGGAGCACCAGCUUCGCAACGCUCAGGAGGGAGAUGGUCGAGGGCAAGGGUUUCAGUGAGAUGGCGCUCAACCGGGCUCUCAAGAUCCUACAGAGGAGGGAGACCAUCAUGUUCAGGAAUCAGGGAGCACAGAUCUACAGGAACGGGGCAUGA